GUUUUUAGUCCAAAAAAAAAAAAAUUAAAGCCCAUAAAAAAAGGAAAAAAGAAAGAAGAGAAAAUUAUAUUUAUUAUUAUUUUUUUUGAUAAUAACAAGAAGAGAUAAGUCCGAAAAGAGGUUUCUGGGUUGAGUUGGGAGAAAGAUAUGUUGUGUGUGGUUUGAAGGACGAGAGAUGUGAUGAAAAUCAAGAAAUCGAGUAAUUGAAAUUUGUAUGAAAAGGAAAGUGUCGGUAAGAAGAAUAAUCCUUUUCCUUAUCCCUGAGAGAUUGAUGAUGAUGGAAGAAGCUCUGCCCCACCACGUGGUAGAGAACAUCUUGGAGAGACUUCCGGUGAGAUCUCUGCUGAGAUUCAAGUCUGUAUCGAAGCAAUGGAAAUCAACGAUGGAAUCACGAAACUUCCAAGAGAGGCAGUUGAAGCAUCAUCAGCAGUCAGGAGGAAGAGAUCCAGAUGUUUUCAUGGCGUCCGCAACUACUCAAAGAACAUAUGUAUUGGGUUCAUCCUUAUCCGUCAAGAUCCCUAAUCCUUGGGGUAAGGAGAACCCAACAACAACAGGCUACUUCGUGUCCGGUAAUAGCUGUGACGGUCUCGUUUGUCUCUACCAUCCCUUGGAAUCCGGUUAUGUCUUCAACCCCACCACGAGAUGGUAUCGUCCUCUUCCUCUCUGCCAAUUGCAACAACUCAUGAUCAGCCAAGGAGAGAGUUACCAUGAGAAUGAGCCCGGCAUCUUUAAGCUUGGAUUCGGUAAAGACACAUGCACAACUACUACUACUUAUAAGCCUGUUUGGCUAUACAACUCCGGCCUUGACAACGCUGCCACAUGCGAAGUUUUCGACUUUAGCACCAAUGCUUGGAGGUAUGUGACUCCCUCUGCUCCUUAUCGGGUUGCUAGGGUCGCCGAUCCCGUCUUUGUACACGGUUCGCUUCAUUGGUUCACAGAUUGCAAGGAAACCAAAGUUUUGUGUUUUGAUCUUCACACCGAGGCUUUUCAAGUCGUCUCUUCAAAAGCUCCCUUUCCCGCCAAUUCAUAUGAUGAGAAUCCUUACUCGAUCGUCUUGUGCAACCUCGACAACCGUCUGUGCGUGUCACACAUGAAGGGGCCCGACCAAGUGAUAUGGUCCUUCAAUUCAGGCAACAAGACGUGGGAAAAACUUUUCUCCAUCGAUCUGGAUUUGAAUUUUGUGUUAUAUGGUUCCCCAACAGUAAGCGCCUUCCGUCCACUAGUACUUUUGGAUGGCAAGAAGAAGAAGAAGAAGAAGAAGGAUUUGCUGUUUUAUGACAUUAUGAAAACUGAAUGUCUGUUGAUAUAUGACCCCGAAACCGAUCGUCCAGGGGGGGAUUUUACUUUCACCGCUGAUAAAUCCAUGGGAUUUCUUGUUUGUUAUUUCCAGAGUUUAAUCUCUAUUUGAUUUUUUUUUCUUGAACAAAAUUAACUUUGGGUUUUGUCUCUCCAGCCUGACUUCUUUUGUUUUCAGGUUUGUUCUUGUUAGCUUUCUUCUUUUUGUGUUUUGGUUGUUGAAACUUAGUGCGUUGUUGUUAUAAAUGUUUGUGUUGGUUCACACUUUCAAUUGUUUGUAUCAACAUAGGCAUCUCCUUAAAUUAGUUAAGAUAGUUGUGCA